UAAAAAAAAGCGUACUAAAUGAAAAUUGGAGGGGCAGAUCUCGGAUUUAGGUAGGUAUUUAAACCCCGCCCGCCCUCUUUAUUCGCAAAAAACACAAAACAAGAAGAUCGUCCUCUCAAAUUCGAUCAUUGAAGAGACAGAGAAAGCAAGACGAGCUUGUAUUAAUAAAGCAAAAUGGUGAAGAUCUGUUGCAUUGGAGCUGGAUAUGUUGGAGGGCCAACUAUGGCAGUCAUUGCAUACAAGUGCCCAGACAUUGAAGUAGCUGUUGUUGACAUCUCCGUUCCUCGGAUCGCGGCAUGGAACAGUGAGCAGCUCCCCAUCUAUGAACCAGGUCUGGAUGGUGUGGUGAAGGAUUGCCGAGGUAGGAAUCUCUUCUUCAGCACAGAUGUGGAGAAACAUGUCUCAGAGGCAGAUAUAAUCUUUGUUUCUGUCAACACGCCAACCAAAACCAGAGGCCUUGGAGCUGGUAAGGCUGCAGAUCUAACAUAUUGGGAAAGUGCAGCCCGCAUGAUCGCAGAUGUGUCAAAAGCAAGCAAAAUAGUGGUUGAGAAAUCAACUGUCCCUGUCAAAACAGCCGAAGCAAUUGAAAAAAUUCUGACUCACAAUAGCAAGGGUAUCAAGUUUCAGAUCCUCUCUAACCCAGAGUUCCUCGCGGAGGGAACUGCAAUCCAAGAUCUGUUUGAGCCUGAUCGAGUCCUUAUUGGAGGCAGGGAAACACCAGAAGGCCAAGAGGCUGUCAAGGCAUUGAAGGAUGUCUAUGCUCAUUGGGUUCCUGAAGACCGGAUUAUAACAACCAAUCUUUGGUCUGCAGAGCUGUCCAAGCUAGCUGCCAAUGCCUUUUUGGCGCAGAGGAUCUCCUCUGUCAAUGCCAUGUCAGCUCUCUGUGAGGCAACUGGUGCUGAUGUUAGUCAGGUUUCCUAUGCGGUUGGUAAGGAUUCAAGAAUUGGGCCAAAGUUCUUGAAUGCUAGUGUUGGUUUUGGUGGAUCCUGCUUUCAGAAGGAUAUUUUGAAUCUGGUUUACAUCUGCGAGUGCAAUGGCCUUCCAGAUGUGGCUGAAUACUGGAAACAAGUCAUCAGGAUCAAUGAUUAUCAGAAGAGCCGAUUUGUGAACCGCAUCGUCUCCUCUAUGUUUAACACAGUUUCAAGUAAGAAGAUUGCAAUUCUAGGGUUUGCCUUCAAGAAGGAUACUGGAGAUACUAGAGAGACACCUGCCAUUGAUGUGUGCAUAGGGCUGUUGGGAGACAAGGCAAGGUUGAGCAUCUAUGAUCCGCAGGUCACUGAAGACCAGAUCCAGAGGGACCUUACAAUGAACAAGUUUGAUUGGGAUCAUCCUCUUCACCUCCAGCCCAUGAGUCCCACCACCGUGAAACAGGUGGCCGUGGUUUGGGAUGCCUAUGAAGCAACCAAAGAUGCCCAUGGAAUUUGCAUUCUCACUGAGUGGGAUGAGUUCAAGACUCUUGAUUACCAGCGCAUAUACGACAACAUGCAGAAGCCAGCUUUCAUAUUUGAUGGCAGGAACGUUGUCAAUGUGGAAGAGGUGAGGAAGAUUGGUUUCAUCGUGUACUCAAUUGGCAAGCCAUUGGAUGCAUGGCUCAAGGACAUGCCCGCUCUGGCAUAAAAAGGAAGCGUGCGAUCGUUUUCAUUGUGGUCAAACCAAUCCUAGUCCGAGGCAGUCAGUUUUAUUUUUUUACUACAUUAAUGUUUCUACGUUUCUUCUCAUAAUUUUCAGGAUAAUGGCUGUUAUCAUGAUCAUCCUAGGAGAAAACUACGUCUUGCGUUAGAUUGUGUUUGAUUAUAUCAGCCUCUGCCUCUUAUUUGUUUAUUAGAAGCAGCUUUGUUCUGAUACAUGUUCAUUCAAUGUACCGAUGCUUAUUAUAUGUUGAAUACAAGAAACAAUGACCAUGCCUUCUAUUA